CUGUAUUGUAUCAGAUUUGCUUUCUUUUCAAGAAUUCAUGGAAUUGCUUAGGCAUCCAAUGAGGUGCAGCAGAUUUAUGAUGUUAAUGACAGUGGUCGGUGUAUUAUCAAUAAGCCUACAACAAUCACAGUAUGUAGUUGGGAUUCGAUUUGUGGUUGAAAAGGAAGAAUGUUUAUCUCAUUCUAUGCCAUAUGAAGGCGACAUGGUUCAAGUUUCUUAUGUUGUGAUCAAAGCUGAUGUCCCAUGGAAUUCCGGUUUAGAAGACGGCGUCGAUCUUAUUUCAGGUGGGACAGACCUUCGACGUUCUGCCAGGAAGAGGAAGCGUUUACAGUCAGUUAAGGAGUCAUUCACUAGGAAGCGUUUACAGUCAGUUAUGAAGCGUGAACCUUUUUAAUAAAUUCUUGGCUUGUUUUGACCCCUUAAUUAGUGAUGGUGUAUGACAUUGUUUUCCAUUUUUUAGUUUCUUUCAUAUGGUGGUGUUGUACUGAUGUUCUUCUUUUCUUUCUCCUUCUGCAAUUGUUGUUGUUGCUAUUGAAGUAGAGAUUGUAGCAGUGUGUAAUGUAGCAGUGUGUAAUGUAUUGAUCUUGAAUGUGCGAGUGCAGUGAAUGAGUUAGA